UAGCAGCUAUAGCCACAGAUGUGAAAACCCGGCGUCCGCUCUCACUUCGUUUCCGCUCACUCGGACCGCUCCCGUCUCCGUUAAACUAGCAAUUUUUACACCUUUUUGAACGAAGUUAUGUUACAAUAACUAUUUUCAUUUGUUUCUAAAAUACACCGCGGCUGCGAAAUCACCAGAGACCAGUCAUCAGGCUGAGCCUGUCGGCUCUUUUGGGAACAUGUGAAUCCCGAGAUCUGGAGAAGGACUGGAUAGCUGUGUAUCAUAUGAUAUAUGUGAUGGACCAGCAGAGGGCGCUACAUUCAGGGUGCCUGGUCUCAGGGGUCCGUACGCCUCCCGUACGCCGCAACAGCAAGCUGGCCAGCCUGGGACGCAUCUUCAAGCCCUGGAAAUGGAGGAAAAAGAAAAAUGAGAAGCUGAAGCCCUCUGCAACGGUGGAGAAGAAGGCAGCUGUUCGACUGAAGAAGGAUGAGCUCGUCAGGAGGAACCCCGGGGAGAUGGAGACAGAGUCCGAUCUUGCUUGCGGGGGUAACUGUGAAGAUCCAGACACCCCGACUAACUCUGACGGCGAGGACAGAGACGAGGAGCCCGUGGCGCCUCUGGCCAGCACCAGUGAAGACCUGGGCAGCGAUUUGGAGGCCUCAACAGUGCAAGAUGUGACUGAAGACUCAAAGCCAGGUGGAGAUCCCAGUCAGAGUGAGGAUGGAGAGGAUGAGAGCACCUCGCUGAGCGACCCCAGUGACCAGCAGUCGACGGGGAAGGCGGAGACCGCUGAGGGGAAACCGGAGGUGACGGCGGCCCAGCCUAGACGAGCCAGCACCUCUCCUCCGCCCAAGCCAGUCAAACUGCUCACCAGAAUGGGCAGCCUAGACUGUGCUCCUUCAGUGCCAGUUAAGAAGUCCCCGGCCACCUUACCCAGGAACUUCACUCUCCCCAAAGACCCUCAUGGCUCCCUGUUGAGAGGCAGGAUGUUCACACCUACUGGGUCCCCCCACCUCGGGGCGCUACACUCCCAGCUGGCGCCGAGCUGCAUCAUUGAGGAACUGCACCGCGCCCUGGCCACCAAACAUAGACAGGACAGUUUCCAGACGAAGGAGGCGCGCUCCUCUGUGAAGCGCCGUCUGGACGGCCGUCUGUCGCGCACGUCCAGCACAGAGAGGGAGCCUGCAGGGGAGUCGGAGAGCAAAAAGGAGUCUGACGAGAACAAAGAGAACUGGCGUCUGGACGAAUACUUGAGCGACCAGGACAGCUGGAACGCGUCUGUCAUCUCUGGGACCCUCCCACGCAGGAUGAGGAAGGAGCUCCUGGCUGUGAAGCUUCGGAACCGACCGAGCAAGCAGGAGCUGGAGGACCGCAACAUCUUCCCCGUCCGCAGCGACCAGGAGCGGCAGGAAAUCCGUCAGCAGAUAGAGCUGAAGCUGGCCAAGAGACUGAGCCAGAGGCCGGCCGUGGAGGAGCUGGAGAGUCGGAACAUUUUAAAGCAAAGAAAUGACCAGACAGAACAGGAGGAGAGGAGGGAAAUCAAACAGCGGCUGAACAGAAAGCUGAACCAGCGGCCGACAGUGGACGAGCUGCGGGACAGAAAGAUCCUCAUUCGUUUUAGUGACUAUGUGGAAGUGGCCAAAGCUCAGGACUACGACAGGAGAGCUGACAAGCCCUGGACCAGACUGUCCGCUGCUGACAAGGCAGCUAUACGGAAGGAGCUGAACGAGUUCAAAAGUACUGAGAUGGAAGUUCAUUCUUCGAGCAAGCAUCUGACGAGGUUCCACCGGCCAUAGCGAGCUUUUUUUUUAACUGUGAAGAGUUGCCGAUAUCUGGUUCUGUCCGGGAAGACCUUGCACCAAGUCUUCCAGCGCCCUGGCCCACAGUUAGUGGGUGUCCUGGUAUUUGGGUUCAGUGAACCUUGGAGACUAUGUCUCUAGAAAUGGAGCUGCUGGCAGACGAGGACGCGCGCAGCAAGCUCCACUUCUGCUCAGAGGAACUUCACUUCACCUCGUCAGAGGAGUGGGAAGAAUCACGUAUUCGCCAUAGCCAAGCGGAGACUUUCUUUUGUAAACAGACUCUUUUGAAAGACGUCCUUUUUGAUGCCGCGCGGGGGGAAAAUGCAUGUGACCGAGUCGACCAGUCCCAGUCCAGUAUCAGUAGUCACAUCCCCGAGCUGUGUCUGAGUCUCACCGAUUCAGUUGAUGAUGCGUUUCAUAUCAACAGUGUUAACAGAAACCUUGUCUGUGUAAAAGACAAAAGAAUCCUUUGUAAGCACUAUUUAUUGUCUGCACAAUACAGGUUUUCAAUUUGUAACAAA